AUGGAAGAAAGACUCAGAGAGAGCAAUAAAAACCCUCCACCCUUCAGUCUAGGAGGACCAGGGAAAGAAGUUCAGCAGCUACAGGAUAUGGCUCUGGGGAUUCCAAUGGCAGUCUGCCUCCUGGUCAAAGCAAUGGCGGCCACGCUGACCAAGGAAGAAGAAGUGCACGUGACACCUCCUAGCACAGCGCAGCAGAGCAACUGGACGGUUAACAUCACGGAAGCUGACUCCAUAGAAGGACCAGUAGCUUUGAAGUUCCCCCAUCCUUGUCUGGAAGACCAUCAUAGCUACUGCAUAAAUGGAGUGUGUGCAUUCCACCAUGAGCUGAAGAAAGCCAUUUGCAGAUGCUUCACUGGUUACACGGGAGAAAGGUGUGAGCAUUUAACCUUAACUUCAUAUGCUGUGGAUUCUUAUGAAAAGUACAUUGCAAUCGGGAUUGGCGUUGGAUUGUUAAUUAGUGCCUUUCUUGCUGUCUUAUAUUGCUACAUAAGAAAAAGGUGUCUAAAUCUGAAAUCGCCUUACAGCAUCUGCUCUGGAGGGAGACCAUUGUAA